UGUAACGGCCGUUGGGCGACCUGAGGAGCGGAUUCGCCGCUCGUGCGGACGCGGUGGGCGCCGUCAGCAUCCCAGGGUGAGGGGGUUCGCCGCCCGCCUCCAGGCCCGAUUGUCUCAGGUAACCGAUGGCCAUGCAAGAAAAAUAUCCAAAUGACAGGUCUCCUCAUGCUGCUUCACCAGGUUCCAAUGUGAUUCAAAAAGGCAAUUCUCUGGGAACUGAAUGGCAGACACCAGUUAUCUCAGAGGCCUUUAGGAGCCGCUUCAGCCGCUGCCCAAGUAUAGCUGACAGUGGGGACACAGCCAUUGGAACGUCAUGCUCAGACAUUGCAGAGGAUUUUUGCAGCUCAAGUGGCAGCCCUUCUUUCCAGCCAAUCAAAAGCCACAUAACCAUUCCAACAGCCCAUGUGAUGCCUUCUACUUUGGGGGCCUCUCCUGCCAAACCAAAUUCUACACCUUCUGGGCCUUCUUCUGCUAAACUUCCCUUGUCAGGGUUGGCUGAAGGUGUGGGCAUGACAAGAAAUGGAGACUUUGGUGCAGUGAAACGCUCUCCAGGCCUAUCAAGAGAUUUCAUGUACCUCCCUAGUGCUGCUGGAGAGAAUGGGGUUCAGCAGUCCUGGUUUCCAGCAGUAGGCCAUGAACGAGAGGGAGAGAUGAGGAAGUUUGAUAUUCCUAGCAUGGAGUCUACCCUUAACCAGCCAGCCAUGGUAGAGACAUUAUAUUCAGAUCCACAUUACCGAGCCCACUUUCCCAACCCCAGAUCUGAUACAAAUAAAGAUGUAUACAAAGUAUUGCCAGAAUCCAAGAAGGCACCAGGCAGUGGUGCAGUAUUUGAGCGGAAUGGACCACAUGCUGGCAGCAGUGGGGUGCUCCCUUUGGGACUCCAGCCUGCUCCUGGGCUUUCCAAGUCACUGUCCUCUCAGGUGUGGCAACCAAGUCCUGACCCUUGGCAUCCUGGAGAACAAUCUUGUGAACUCAGUACUUGUCGACAGCAGUUGGAAUUGAUUCGUUUACAGAUGGAACAAAUGCAGCUUCAGAAUGGAGCCAUCUGUCACCAUCCUGCUGCUUUUGCUCCUUUGCUGCCCACAUUAGAGCCAGCACAAUGGAUCAGCAUCUUGAACAGUAAUGAGCAUCUCCUAAAGGAAAAAGAGCUUCUCAUUGACAAGCAGAGGAAACAUAUCUCUCAGCUGGAGCAGAAAGUACGAGAGAGUGAAUUACAAGUCCACAGUGCUCUUUUGGGCCGCCCUGCCCCCUUUGGGGAUGUCUGCUUGUUGAGGCUACAGGAGUUGCAGCGAGAGAACACUUUCUUACGGGCACAGUUUGCACAGAAGACAGAAGCCUUGAGCAAGGAAAAGAUGGAGCUUGAAAAGAAACUCUCUGCUUCAGAAGUUGAAAUUCAGCUCAUUAGGGAGUCUCUCAAAGUGACACUACAGAAGCAUUCGGAGGAGGGGAAGAAGCAGGAGGAGAGGGUAAAAGGUCGUGAUAAACAUAUCAAUAAUUUGAAAAAAAAAUGUCAGAAGGAAUCAGAGCAGAAUCGGGAGAAGCAGCAGCGAAUUGAGACAUUGGAACGAUACCUAGCUGACCUGCCCACCCUAGAAGAUCAUCAGAAACAGACGGAACAGCUUAAGGAUGCUGAGUUAAAGAACACAGAACUGCAAGAGAGAGUGGCUGAGCUGGAGACUUUGCUGGAGGAUACCCAGGCAACCUGCAGAGAGAAGGAGGUUCAGCUGGAAAGCCUGAGACAGAGAGAAGCAGAAUUCUCCUCCAUUAGCUUGCAAGAUAAACAGUCUGUGGAAGAAGCCAGUGGAGAAGGCCUCAAAGUGGAAAUGGAAUCCCAGCAGAAGGAAUGUGAUUCCCUCCGAAAGAUUGUGGAGAGGCAACAACUGAAGAUAGAGCAGCUGCACUCUCAAGUCCAGAGCCUAAAGCAAGAACUGGGUCAAGAAGAAGGAAUAAGCCAGGCCUUGAGAGAGGAGGCACAGCGGAGGGAGACAGCCCUGCAGCAGAUGCGCACUGCCGUGAAGGAGCUCUCAGUACAAAACCAGGACCUGAUUGAGAAGAAUCUGACACUGCAAGAGCACUUGCGACAGGCCCAGCCAGGGCCCUCACCUUCACCAGACAUGGCUCAGCUGGUAUAUGAGCUGCACCAGGAAUUGGCCAGUUGCCUUCAAGAUCUGCAAGCUGUAUGCAGCAUUGUGACCCAAAGAGCCCAGGGCCACAAUCCUAACCUCUCUCUGCUCCUAGGCAUUCACUCCACCCAGCACCCAGGGACUCAGCUAGAUUUGCAGAAGCCAGAUGUGAUCAGGAGAAAACUUGAAGAGGCUCAACAGCUGCGUCACGACAUUGAGGACUUAAGGACCAGCCUGUCAGACAGAUAUGCCCAGGACAUGGGGGAAAACUGUGCCACACAGUGAGGAGUGCCAGGGAGGAUCUGGGCUGCUGCUAGCCUUGCCAGAGUGUUUCUGCCCUGGCAGUCCUGCCUUCUGCUGCUGCACCCAGAGGGGAGAGCCUGUAUCUGGGACCAGUGUUGUGAGAAGUUUUGCUGUCCACUGGCUUUGUCUUAUUUGGUUAUGUUUCACCUGUUAUCUUAACUCACUUUUAAAGGUGGAGUUACUAAUUAACCUUUUUGCAGAUUCAGCUGAUAAAGUUCUCACAAAUUGUUCCCAGCCCUAACCUGACAUUAGAAGCAAACAGGCUGCUCACCUCCCCUCUCCAUCCUCCAGGGUGGAUCCAUGUUCAUUCCUACUCCAUACGGUUGGUCCUGCUGAUGCUCUAUUAAGAGAGGCCUAAAGGGUUAAAUAGGAGUAGCAACCUUUUGAAAAGAGUUCUCAGGCUCCAUGUAUCAGCCUUUCUGGGAACUCGGCUGGCUUUCUGGGGUUUCUCAGGUACCUGCUUCCUCAGGGCUGUUGUUCCCACAGAGGCCUCAGGGUUAUCCACCCCGCAGCAAAGUCUCCACUAGGAUUGCUAGCUUGGGGACUACAGCAGGGCCCCUCAGCCUGCAAGCUGUGCCAUCUUUAACAGGAAAAUCUGUUUAGGUACCUUGUGUCCCUGGAGCCCUUGGUAUGUGGUCAGCUUAGCCUUUCUCCAUUGCUUGGGCCUUCUGGGUAGCCCAUUUGGGGUACCUAAGUGCAGACUCCUCUAUGGUUGCCCUGUGGUUCUUGGGUUGGACAGAAGUUUCCCCUGGAAGGCCACAGGGCAACUGUCAAGUCACGCAGCUCACCCCUUCCCAAGGCUGGGGCCUGUAGCUAGCCCUCUGAUUUGUGCCUCUAGUUUGGGAUUGGGAGGAUUUCCCUUAAUUGCCCUGACCUUGAGAGUUCAGAGCACCUAGUAUGAGUCAGUGCUAAGAUAAAGUGUUCAGUGUUUCCUGGUGUUUUGUGUUUCUCUAGGGCCUUUGACCUUCAGCUUUCUGGUUUUUCUGAUUUAGGGAUCCUGAUUUACGGAUCAUCGCAGUUUUGUCUGGUUGUUGGGCCAACCCUCAACCUUGUCUAGGUUGGAGUCAAGGGCCCUCUAUGUAUGAGGAGCAAAGUAGUUCAGGGGUGCAGAGGCAGCCAUGACAGGAGUAUUGCUAAGCCUCUGGGUUGUUUAAAGACCCCUGGACCUCCAGGGCCUGAGCGGGCCUUGUUACAGGUGUUUCACACGUUGGCGUUUUAUUUGUGGAGUGGCUAAGCUUUCGGAGUAGCCACACCUGGCUGGCUACCCCUCAGCCUCUGGGCUCCUGCUUUCUAAAACCAGGACUUCCUGGUUGGUUUCCACCCUAUGUCAUUGGGAGCCCAGCCUCCGUGCUCACGGGUAUUUUUCUUGGUAAAGUUUAUAAAGUUAUUUAUAUGAAUCUUUGUUACGUCGACUGGUUUGCAUUGCCUAUUUUGAUUACAGAAUAAAACAUUUAACAGAC